AUGGCUGGAACUGCAGCAUCGUUAGCGACUGCGACGUCUAAAGGUCCAACUGUGCCGUCACGUCGGAGUAAACGCAAAUUCAAAGAAGUUGCGGACAACUUGCUUCGUACGAAAUUUGAGAAUCUUGCAGACCAAAACGACAAAAUCGUUCCCCUUGCCAAUAUUCGCGAUGCUAUCAUGGAUCAUUUACUGGGCAAUACUAAACCUGAUCUUCGAUGCACAGUUUUAUUCAUUUGUGAGGAAGUGGUGGACUUUCGACUGCAGCAACACGCAACAUCGGCUGAAGAAAAAGUGCCAUUGCUGGAAGGAAUCAAUAGCGAUUAUCAGUUUUACAGUCGAUUGUCCGAAGGCGAUAGUAUACCACGAUGCAGCGCCGCAUUGCUGCAUCUUCCUAUCUCAAAAUGCGACAUUGAAAAAGAGAAACACGCGGUCAAGAAAGCAAUCAAGAAAAGGAUAAAAAAAUUCAAAAAGAGCUCGGGAGAAACAUCAAAGCCUAGCGCUGAGUUCUACGUUUUGUCACCCGAAGAAUUGACUAUUCACUUGCCGUCGAUACCGUUUGACGAUGCACAGGCUGCACUGGAAUUUGUAUCUACAAAACCUUUGUUGGAAGGUGAUAAUCGUUCAGCUGCACAGCUCUUGCUCUCGCUUGACUGUGAGAUGUGUCGCACUACGAAAGGCGUGGAACUUACGCGUGUUACAUUGAUCGACGCUGACGAAAAUAUAUUGUUGGACGAAUACGUACGUCCAAAAAAUCCCAUUGUGGACUACUGUACUCGAUAUUCUGGUAUUACGUGUGAUAUUAUGGAGACUACAACAAUGCGCUUAGACGACAUUCAAAAACAGUUUUUGACUUUUGUGCCGGCCGAAGCUAUUUUAAUAGGUCAUUCGAUCGAAAACGAUUUGAAAGCGCUUCGAAUUUUACAUCGUCGAAUUAUUGACACUGUAAGCAUGUAUCCGCAUCCUAAAGGACCACCUUUCCGCUCUGCGCUGCGUUUCUUGACUAGCAAGUUUCUGAACCGUUCGAUCCAGACUGGUACGGAUGGCCACUGCAGUGUGGAAGACGCCGUAGCGACGCUACAGCUGGCACAAUUGAAGAUCAAGCAUGGACCUACAUUUCCGACCAUAAAGCAUGAGUUCAAGCAAAAGAAAGUGGUAAACGAAUUGGCUCGGACUAAGAAAUCGGUCCUCAUUGUAGACUCGCAGCGUGCAUGUCGAUCGCUUAGUGGCGGUGUGGCUUGCAUAAUUUCGCAUGAAGACCCCAAUGAGGUUGUGCAAACGGUAGUGAAUCAGUUGACUACAGGGUUUCCGCCGCAUCUUACGUGGGCAAGAAUACGCGGGACGAAUCGUUCCGAUAUCUUAGCAUUUGUGCGAAAGAUUCAAGCUAAUAUGCCCAAAGACUCAUGUUUUGUUACGGUCUUAGGCGGGGACACUAAUGAACUACGCGAUCUCCAUAAGCGUCGCACUGCACGAACAGAUCCCCGAAGUUCGCUUAUGUGGGACGAACAACAGCAAGAAGCAUUGAACGCAUCAGCUUUGGCGGCUCAGACGGGGCUUGUAUACAUCUGCUUGCAAUAG